CUCGGCCGUCGCGCAAGUAAAUCAAUUUUCACUCAGCCGAAUUUUUCCGGAGCUCCAGAUUUCCCCAGCAGAGGGAAGGGCCCAGGGCAGUAUUUUUACUGAAUGGUGCAUAGUUUCUUUAUUGUUUUCUCACUUUAUGGUGUCGUAUUGCAUUGGAUUUGGUGUAAACCAUGAGGUGUUUUGAAAAGUGGCUGUCGGAAUUCUAGAAAAACGCAGCAGAAAAGUUUUCCUGAUUCCCUUGGUUAUCUCCGGGAGUUUUUUUUUCUUCGCUUCGCCCAUGGAGGGUGUUGUUGAGAAGCAAACGACCAGAAAAAAAGCAGCAGGAACAGCAGCUGGGAGGAAACAAACUACACAAGGUGUACUCUAUUUGGGUAAACUCGUACAAGUGCACUUGAUCCACAGGGUGGAAUGUGAAUAGUGGUGUCCAGGUCAGUGUUGUAAAGUGCUAUCAAUACAAGAGAGGGCCCCGAGGGGUAAAAAAAUAGGGUAAGCGGCAACCGAGGGAAGGCGAGGAUUAGUGAUAUCAAGGAUAAAUCAUUCGAAAAAGGAAUGUCAUUCCAGUGAAAAUCUAGCGCUGAGAGAUUUUAUGAAGCGCUACUCGUACAUAUGGAUGCUGCUAUUGAUGCUGCUCUAAGCUUUGGAAGAAAUGUGCUACAAUCCCGAAGAGACAGAUGAAAAAUUGUCGAAAUCAAGCAUUCAUAAAGAUAUCUAUGCCGGAAAUGUCAAAAGAAUAACCUUUUCUGCAAGCAUAACUCAACAACGGAUGGUGAAAAUGUGGGAAAGCGCUGGCUAAGGAAGUGAUAAAAAAACUGCCCCGCCACGUGGCGGUUCACUAUCACUAUGUACGCUUUCAACAUUCUUGUAGAUGUAUGAGAAUACUAUUAGCCAAUAUUUUAGCACGGGGCUCCAAAUAGAUGAAUCGUAGAAAAUGCACUUCACUGAACCAUGAGUGAUAAGUCCUGCGCCGUGUAUGGUAACCGCCCUAACCUUAGUGGAUAAACAAUAGUCUUCAAUUUUAAAUCUCACCCGAAGCAUCAGGCAGAACGGAACGGAACAAAACAAAAAAUAAUACCGGUCUUGAAAACUUUUCGAGGACACCGAUAGGAGAUGCAUUUUUGGAUUGAUAAGCGCUCGCAGACGUGUGGUUUUGGCAGGGCGCGGGUGGCUGCGUCACUCUCAAGUGGGGGCGGUCUUGGUUUUGGGUAUCCCAGACGUGUACCCAGAAAAUCAAUGGUUACCCCAAUUCAUCGGUUUCAAACGGUCGAUUGUACCAGGCCACACCUCUAUCGACAUCAGCAGCAGCAACAACAGCAACAGCAACAACAGACCAAUAGUAGUAAUCAUCAACAACAUCAGCAACAGUACCAUCAUCAACAGCAUCCGACGGCAGCAGGCAACAAUCAACAAUCGGCACACGUACAACAGCAUCAGGCACAGCUACAUAGCAAUAGUCAUUACAACAGCAGCGGAAUACUUCCUGCCUCGACGCAUCCGCAUCCGCAAGACGCACGCAGCAGUCACGGUCAGCACCAACAGCAGAGCCAAACGCAACAUGGCAACAGCUACCACGUGCCGGUUGCGGUCAAUCAUAUUUAUAAUAACUCAUCCUCGCAGCAGAAUGCUAUCGAAAUCGACCACAGUUCCGGAUCCUUGGCUGGAACCGGUACAUUCAGCCAGCACCACCACGUGGGACAUGACGCUCAGCUCCUUCCGGCUCACCUCAAGUGUGGCAUGUGGGCAAGUUUGGCGCUGGCUACAGUUUUUGUGGCCGGUGCUAAGUUUUACUUCGACCAUCAGGGAACUGGUUUAGAAGUUCUCAUAUUUUGUGCAUUCUCGGCAACGUUUUUUCUGGCGGCAUGUACGGUGUCGCUGUGUCGUCGACCCCGGGACCUGCAGAUGCCUGUCAACAACGUGAUAUCGGAAACGAUUUCCAAUGGAGAGCAGAGCUCAUUACCGAACAAUCCGGACAUAGUUACCAGCAAUCCGUCUCCAUUGUUGAACGGUAGUCUAGGAGGGACUCAGCAAAAUUCGAUGGCCGUAAUGGCUCCUCCACCACCGUAUCAUAUUGCCAUUCUCCUGCCGGAAAGCACGAAGGAUACCGAUGAAUCACCGCCACCGUCGUACGAUAAGAUAGUAAUUUAAUGAUAAUUGAAAACUUGACUAGAUAUCGCACGAGUUACAAACUUCACUCUUGUCCAGCAUCUCAUCCGAUAGGUAUAUGUACAUAGAUACAUUGUCAUAAGUAUUACUUUCUAGCAUUGUUGCUGCCAACAGAUGCGAGUAUGUAUGUACUCGCUGCUAGAUGACCUGUUGUGAGGGGAAAGUCAAAUGCCAAAAUACGAAAACUCUAUGAGGUGCACAGCACACAUUAGUAAUACCUACAUACCUACCCAUCAUGAUGCUGCAUCUGACGAACGAAUCAUUGUCCCACAUGUCAGACGGGUAGACAGGGCGUACGAUAGAUUUUAAAUAUUAAAGCUCUCUAGGAUAAGCUAUACUUAUACAUAUAUCAAUGCUUUAUUCUAUUUAGUAGAUGGAUCAGAACUCUCGCUCGAUGUGUUAUACGUAGUUAUGUAAGUACAUUUCUCUAGGGCAAGCUAUUUAUUGAGCUCCACUUUGCGAGUCGGCAAAACGCUGUUAAUGAAAUGCUCAUACAAAUCCUUAAGGAUGUGGUUAAUUGGCGCGGGAGUAUAAAUGAGUUAUUCGAUAUUUGUUUAGCAUAGCUAAAGUACGAAAGACGCACACGGUGUGGAUAAAAAAAAGUAUUGUAUUCAUUAAGGCUAAAUUAUUUGCGCUCUUACAAUCCGACGAGACGUGUCGCGUUCAACCGUUUGAGAAGUCGUUCGGUAGGUGAAUAAACGGUAGUUUGAAUGCAUGAAAAUAUAGAUUAUGUGAAACCUACUGCUCUUUUUUUCGUUUCAAAUCUGAAAUCCUAAAUACACUGGAUGAUUUUUCUAUAAUUUAAUUACGUAGCGAUUGAAGAUUUCAUAAUUUCAA